UUCACUGCGCUCGAGCGUCAAGGAAUGUACGAGAGGAGAUGAAACUUUCCCUCAAGAGGGACCGAGCGCCAGGAGAUUUUUCCAUCAGAAGACCCCAAAUAUUGGCUUGUUAUCGAGCUCUGCCGUCAGAAGAUUUGUAAAUGAAGGUUGCUGCCGUUUUACACCUGGUUGCUCUCGCGGCUUUACUUCACUCCUGUUCUCACGUGUGUGCCAUUCCUCCAGAAUGCGAUCUAGACUUAAUGCUACUCAGAGAGGAGGAAAACUGCUACAACAUCAUCUAUCAGGAGAACCUGACAGAGACCGGGUCCACACGCACAGGUUGCAGUACUUUAUGGGAUGAUCUGAACUGUUGGCCUCAUGCUGAAGUGGGAGAGACUGUGUCGCGGCCAUGCCCCAAUUUCCUUCGGGUCAAAGGAGCUGUGAUGAAAAACUGCACUGAAAACGGCUGGUCUGAAAUCUUUCCCCCAUACGAACUUGCCUGUGGCCAUGGACUCAAUGACAGCUUUCAAAUUCCCACUGAUUUGGUGCUGGUCUCACAUGAGUACUUCUUUUAUGUGAAGAUCAUGUAUUCUGCUGGAUACGCCAUCUCUCUGGUCUCACUCAGCAUUGCCCUCACGGUGUUGUGUGUGUUCAGAAAGCUGCACUGCACUCGUAAUUUUAUCCACAUGCAGCUUUUUUUGUCCUUCAUCCUGAGAGCCAUCUUCAUCUUCGUCAGAGAUGCUGCGCUGCGGUACUCACAGGAGUACUACCACUGCAACUCUCAUCCGCCUGGCUGCAAAGUGGCACUGUUCCUGUCUAAUUAUUGCAUCCUGGCAAAUUACAGCUGGCUGCUGGUGGAAGGCCAUUACCUGCACAGCCUCAUUAACCUCUCACUGCGUUCACAGAAGAAACGCGUGCACUGGUACAUCCUGCUUGGCUGGGGGAUCCCAAUGCUCAUCAUUAUUAGCUGGAGUUUGGCCAAAUAUCUGCACCAGGAUGAAGGAUGCUGGGAGACGAGAGAUCAUGGCUGGAUAUGGUGGAUACUGCGAGUACCAGUCAUCAUUUUUAUCACAGUAAACAUGCUGUUUUUUCUGAGUAUUAUUCGGACAUUAGUGGCAAAACUGAAAGCUCCUGAUAUGCAUGGAAAUGAAAUUAAUCAUCACAGGAAGCUGGCGAAAUCUACAUUUCUCUUAGUGUCACUGUUUGGGCUCCAGUAUGUGCUUUUUGCCUUCUUCCCUGAUAGAGUGAGCGUGCUAACCUUCAAAAUCUGGAACGUCAUUGAGCUAGCAUUAGCAUCCACACAGGGCUUUAUUGUGGCACUGCUGUACUGUUUUUUGAAUGGAGAGGUACAAUAUGAAGUCCAUAGACGGUGGAGACGGUGGCGUCUGAAGCAGCGUUUCCAUGGUGAUCCCAGGGUGCAUAACGGCUCCCUGAGUAACAGUGGCCUGCCGCUGACACAGGUCUCACUGCUGACACGUCCCAGCACACAGAUCACCUGAGCACCUCAGAUCACAAGCACAAGACUCAUGCCACAAUCCAACAGCUAACAUCAUUAAAACGCACAGUCCAUUUAAAACUACACAAUCCCUCCGAUUAACUAAAACAACAGCUGUUAGCUGUCUGACACUCUCAAGCAGAAAAGCUUAUGGCCAUAACAAACUGACAGUUUAUGAGGAUGAUUGUAUUUGUCUUGUAGCUGCCUGUUCUUGUAGAUUUUUCUGAACCAAAUGCGUGUAUGAAGUGAAAAGUAAAUUAAUAUGUAUGAGAAAACAUCAAUAUUUGGUAAUGACAGCACAACAUGUGAUACUCUUUUAUGAUGAUGAGUUGAGGAAUUUAAUUUUCUUUGAUCUUGUGUGUGUUUCAGACUGCAAAAAAGACUCAAUACUGCAAGAGUAUUUGACUUAAAGGGUUAGUUCUCCCAAAAAUGAAAAUACUGUCAUUAAUUACUCGUCCUAGUGUCGUUUCAAACCCGUAGAACCUUUGUUCUUCUUUGGAACGCGUGUCGAAGACAAGUCGUUAUUUUUGCUUUCUUUGCAUGCAAAAAGUAUUCAUGUAGCUUCAUAACAGUAAAUUUAGAUUUAUUCUUAGCCUUUAGACUAAAUUGCCAUUUAGUUUUGGUCAUA